CGCCAGGGACCUCGCCGGAAGUAGGGCACAGCUGCCGACUCGCCAUGCGGCUAUUGCUCUUGGCUCCCGGGCGAGCCCAGACGGGCAAUGGGACCACCGCCCGGAGGAUCCAAGAUCAUUUACAAGCUGCUGGGCAUUUGUGUAUCUUGAAGGACACCUCUGAUUAUGAGUCCCCGUUGGCAAUUUCAACUCUCAUCUCUUCGGAGAAAUUGGAGGCAGCUCUGGGCAUCCAUCUCUUUAAAGCUGGAAAACUUCUUCAAGGAAGUCCCAUUCCUUUUGGCAUUAUCUUUGGAGGCACGGAUGUUAAUGAAGAUGCCAAAAUUGAGGAAAAGGCCAAAAUUAUGGAGAAGGUGUUGGAUGAAGCCAGGUUUGCUGUGUCCUUCACCGAAGCCAUGAAAGAAGCAGCUGCAACGUAUUGGCCUCAAAGCAGGAACAAAAUCUGUGUCCAGGCUCAAGGGAUCGUGAGCCUUCCAAACAGGCAGCAUAACUGGGCUGAAUUUCUGCAGAGGGCAGGGAUUGCCCAGGACGACCAGAAUGUAUAUCUCUUCGUGCUGAUCUGUGGACUAAGGAGAGUCAAAGAUCCACUUUUUCUACUGGAUGCUUUUUCAGAGUGGCAUCGGGAAGAUUCCAGGGUACACCUGCUCAUUGUUGGACCUGCUGCUGAUCCAACCUUCGCCAAAGAAGUUGAGGAGAAGGUGAACAGGUCAGAUGGGGUCCACUUGUUGUCAGAAGUCCCCCAGGAAGAUCUUCAUGCUAUUAUGAAAAACUGUUUCGCCCUGGUUAACAGUUCUGUAUCUGAAGGGAUGUCAGCUGCAAUUUUAGAGGCGAUGGAUUUAAAUGUCCCCGUGCUGGCAAGGAAUAUUCCAGGAAACGCUGCUAUAAUUGUACACCAAACAACUGGACUAUUAUAUAUGACCCCCCAGGAAUUUGUCCAGCUGGCCAAAACUUUGGUGAAGGACCCAGUUCUGUACCGAGAGAUUGUAAGAAAGGCACAUGAAUAUGUCCUGAAGCACCAUUCGUGGGAGAAAGAAAGGAAGGUCUAUCAGAACCUUGUUUUGAGACUUCAUGAAUGUUCUUGUACCAAACAACCGUGAGUCUCCAACCAUCGUGGUCAACCAGCUUUUCUUCAUCUUAAUCAUCUGGUUUGUCUUCAUUCAUGUUAAUGUUAUUGUCAGGAUUACAAGUAACACACCGAACAAAAGAAGUUAUUACUGUUGUGAUUUUGUAGAGUUUGUUCUCCUUCAGAGUCAAAAUGCAUAUACCGGUAGUAGAUGUCUACAGCCUGACAGCUUCCAGGAGCAUGGGACUUCUGUUCCCAUAAUGCCUUACCAGUCAUUACCAAAGGACUAUGGGAACUUGAACUCAAACACAUUACAGAAGCUCAAGUUGAAAAAAAUCCUAAAUAUACAAUCAAUCUAACCUUUAUUGUUGACCGGAAACACUUUAUAGAUUAUUAUUAUUAUUAUUUUGUUUGCAUGAAGCAUAAGAAAUUGAACUUAUGAUUUGUGGUUGGGAUGAUCAGAAGGGAUAGAUUAUAGGAAAAAAUAGUUAUGCUGUAGCCCACAAAGCCAGGGGUUCAUUUAGAAUUGUUUUUAUAACAGGUGUAUUAAAGAAAAUUGGAAAUUA